CAAUCUCAAACACCCCCAACUUCACACCCGGUCUCGCUCACACCGCGGUCAAGACACGCGACGAGCAGUAAGGCGUAUACGCAAGUGCCUCACUAUUGCACUUCCUUCUGGUUUGCAGCUCUCAUUUGCCAUCAUUUGCCGCAGUCGGGGUGUCUGGAUCGCCGUUCGGCUCGCUCUUUCGGUGAAGGCCCUCAGGGCAUGAGCCAGGCCCACUCCACCAGACGCGGACGAGGACGCACCAUCGCUACCGCCGGUCCUGUGCGUCAGCGGUGCCUGUUCUGGCGCAACAAGUCAUUCAAUUUGCAAUAGCCGAUUGACACCAUGGCCGAUGAGAAGACGUCCCAGCAAAACGGCGUGAACGACGCCAACAAUGUCAAGGAUGCCCCAGCAGAAGCCUCUGCUGUCCCCGUUGAGGCUCAGCCCUUCUCAUGGCUGCAACCUCACCCCAUCUUUGUCAUUGCCCUGGUCGGCCCCGAGGAGACGCCCUUCGGCAUCCAAAAGGACUUUUUGUGCGCCAAGUCUUCCUUCUACAGAAAGUACUUCGCCGAGAACCCGAAAGAUGACAUGGUCGAAAACCUGGUGAAGCUUCCAGACACGCCCGUCCAGGUCUUCGCCUACGCCCAAAACUUUCUCUACACUGGCCAAGUCUGUCCCAACCUGGACGACCUGCCAAGCUAUGAGGUGCUCAUCGGCGUCUGGAAGCUCGGUCAUGACCUGGGCAUUGACGGUCUCUGCGACGCGACCCUCGACGCGAUGGCUGAGAUCCGCCGCGUGACCUCUCACAUCCCCGCGACCCCGCUUCUCGUCCAGGUCUGGAAGGACACUCCGGAGGGUUCGUCGAUCCGCAAGCUCCUGCUUUCGUGGGCCGCCGAGUAUAUGAUGUCGAGCAAGCUGCGAGCCGAGUUCGCGAAGUCGCUGCCUCAAGAGGUGCUGAGCGAGCUGGUUAUCGCCAUGAGCUCGCAGGAAGGUCGACAGCCAGGCCAAGCCGAUGACCCGGCCGCUGCAUCUGGUGCGCAGCGUCGGUCGGCGCCUAACGCCGAGCUCGAUGAGGCAGAAGGGCGCCCGGCCAAGAAGCGCCGCGCGUCAGAUGAUGGGGCCAAUGGCGCCAAUGGGGCCGACGGGACCGCGCUCGCUGUGAGCACUCAGAACUCCGGCCGGAAGCCCGGGCAUAGGGUAUCUCUCCCGUCGGGGAAGCCGGGAUCCAAACCGGGACCCAAGCGGCGGACCAGUGCAGCCGCCGCCGGGAACCAGCAGUUUUCGUCCAACCAAAAGCUCAACUUUUGCGCCGAUCUCCUCACGAGAAUGCUUUCCGGUCCAGGUAACCACCCCCUGCCCCAUCCUCCACUGCAUCAUCAUCAACAUCCAUUCCACUUCCCCACUAGGCUUGCUUUCCCUUAACCCUCGCCAUGACCACGUGUUCUCGCACUCGUGUAACCACUAACGACACACACCCCCCACGGGGCGCAGGCUUCUGGACGCGCGUGGUAGGGCCCUUCAAGGAACCGGUGGACCCGCAGCGCGACGGCGUGCCCGACUACUUCGACGUGAUCAAGCGGCCGAUGGACCUGAGCACGAUGAAGGCCAAGAUGGACGCGCACGAGUACGCGGACG